AUGGCUACCCCCGACCCCAGCUACGAAGACGUCCUCAGCGACCAACCCCGCAACCCCCACGACAAACACCCCUACAUCUUCCCCUCCCGCCGCUCCGUCGUCCACAGCACCCACGGCAUCGUCGCCUCCACCCAACCCCUCGCCAGCGCCUGCGGCCUCGAGAUCCUGCGCCGCGGCGGCAACUGCGCCGAUGCCGCCAUCGCCGUCGCCGCGGGUCUCAACAUGACCGAACCCGGCAGUACGGGGAUAGGAGGGGACAUGUUCUGUCUCUUCUACCAUGCCAACACGAAGAAGGUCCGCAGUUUGAAUGGGAGUGGUCGGAGUGGGGCGGGGUGGACGCUGGAGCAGGUGAGGAAGGAUCUUGGGGUGAAGGAGGGUGAGGAGGCGAAGAUUCCGAUGGAUAGUGUGCAUGCUGUUACGGUCCCGGGCGCGGCGGCGGGGUGGGUGGAUACGGUGGAGAAGUUUGGGAGUGGAAGGGUGACGUUGGAGGAGAUUCUGGCGCCGGCGGUGAAGUUGGGGGAGGAGGGGUUUGCGGUUGGCGAGGUUAUGGGGCAUUAUUGGAACCGCGCGGAAGGCCUCAUCCGAAGAGCCUCCCCGAACUUCGCGGAAAUGCUGAAGAAAGACCCGAAAGCUCCAGACGGCUGUCGCGCGCCCAAACCAGGCGAAAUCAUGAAGAACCCAACUUUAGCCAACACCUUCCGCCUCCUAGGCAAACACCAAAAAGCCGGCUUCUACACCGGCUCCGUCGCCGAAGCCCUCGUGAAGGUCGUGCAAGACCUCGGCGGCCACCUCACCCACGACGACCUGCAAAACCACAUGGACCUCGGCACCGAAGAAACCGAACCCAUCAGCCUCAAGUUCGGCGGCCAAGGCGUCUCCGAACGCCUCAAGGAUGAAGUGGAAAUCUGGGAACACCCGCCCAACGGCCAAGGCAUCGUCGCGCUCAUGGCUCUCGGCAUCCUGAAAGAACUGGAGAAGGAAAGCAAAAUCCCCACCUUCUCCCCCCACGACCACAACACCGCCCCUUACCUCCACGCCAUCAUCGAAUCCCUCCGCAUCGCCUUCGCGGACGGCAGCUGGUGGAUCUCCGACCCCAAGGUCUCCAACACGCCGACGAAAGGCCUUCUCGACCCCGCUUACCUAGCCGAACGCGCCAAACUCUUCGAUCCCAAGCGCGCCUCCGCCCCGUUAUCUCACGGCUCCCCCGCCCACAACAAAAGCGAUACAGUCUACUUCGCCGUCACGGACAGCGAAGGCAACGGGAUCAGUUUCAUCAACAGUAACUACGGCGGCUUCGGCACCUGCAUCAUCCCGAAGGGAUGCGGCUUCACCCUGCAGAACCGAGGCGCGAAUUUCGUGUUACAGCCCCGCUCCCACCCGAACAUCCUCGCCCCGAACAAGAGGCCCUACCACACCAUCAUCCCCGCGCUCGUGACGAACGUGAGCGACGGGAGUUUGCAUUCCGUCUACGGCGUGAUGGGCGGGUUCAUGCAGCCGCAGGGCCACGUGCAGGUGUUGCUGAAUCAGGUCGUGUUUGGGUUAAGUCCGCAGGCGGCGCUGGAUGCGCCGAGGUUGUGUAUUGGGGCGGGGGAGGAUGUGGAGGGGCGGACGGUGUUUGUUGAGGAUGGGUUGGCGGAGGAGACGGUGCGGGGGUUGAGGAAGAUGGGGCAUGAGGUUGAGGUUGUGACGGGGUGGGGGAGGGGGUUGUUUGGACGGGGGCAGGUGAUUAGGUGGAAUGUUGAUGCCGUGGAGGGAGUGGGGGUGUGGAGCGCGGGGAGUGAUAUGAGAGGGGAUGGGGCGGCGGUGCCGAUGUGA